AUGAACAAGUGUCCGGAUACCACCCACUUUAACCCGGGCAUCACUCCUGAAUCUAAUGGAGAACCAGAGCGAAGGACUCUCUUGAAUGUUUCGCAGUCUCUUGGAGUUCAGCUUCUCAGUGUUCUCCGGUCAUUUAGACAACAAGGCUUGUCGUUUGAUUUCACCAUCAACGCGCAGGAUCAAAGCUUCCCCUGUCAUCGCUGUGUGCUUGCAGCAUCCAGUGAUUUCUUUAGGGCUAUGUUUGAGGUGGACAUGCGUGAGCGUGAAGCUGGCUCGGUCACGCUGACAAACCAAAGUCCUGGAGCAGUGAGGACUUUCCUGGAUUUUGCCUACACUGGAGAAGCAGUUAUCACAGAUGCAAGUGUAGACACCAUUUUUCAGAUAGCCUCAUUCCUUCAGGUUUCAGCCCUCUCUGAAGCAUGCAGUGAUUUCCUCAUAGGGUCCAUGGAUCUUACAAAUGCCCUGUGCCUCUUGUCCCUUGCUGAAGCAUAUGGUUCGCCUUCAUUACUCCUAAGUUCCACGGAUUUUGUGCUUGAGAACUUUCACUGCUUGUCUCAAAAAAAGGAUUUUAUGGAUAUGCAGACAAAUGUUUUAGAAAAAUGCCUCAGAUCAGACUUACUCAAUAUCCCCAGUGAGGAAACUCUGGUCCUGUCUCUACUGAGCUGGAUACGCCACAAUCUUUCUGAAAGACGAGCCCUUCUCCCAGGACUCCUGUCUCUGACUCGGCUCCACCAUAUCCCUGCACCUGCACUGAAGACUUUAUUUGAUGUGGACCCUCUUCUCUCCAACGAUGAACAAUGCCUUGCAUUACAGUCAGAGGCGCAGCAUGUACAAAGUCAGUACAAUGGUCUCAUGACAGAUGCCAGGCCAUCCACGACACAAAGCUACAUCUACAUCCACAAAACAGAGGAGAGAGGUGACAUCCACCAUGCAUUCUGCUAUUGUCUGGAUUCAGACCAGUGGAAGGUGCUGGGGACUGAGGAGGGCACAGACACACUCCCCGACCCCCCUGGCUGCCACUUCAUUAGUUAUGCUGAGAAGAUGUUUAUCACAGGUGGUUGUGGCAGAAACUGCCGCCGCUCAGUCCGCCUUCAUGUGGCUGAGCCACACCAUGAUGCCACAGACGAGGUGUGGUGCUUUUGCCCAGUGACAAGAACAUGCACUGCUGCUCCUGCCAUGCUCACACCCCGCACUAUGCACACUGCAGUCUCCAGUCUGGGUCGAAUCUAUGUCAUCGGGGGAAGAACCAGAGGAUCUCGAGAUGGAGCUCCAAGUCUGUUGGAGGUAGAGUAUUACAACCCUUUGUGUCAGACCUGGACUGCUGUCAGCCCUCUGCCCACUGCUAUAUUUUACCCUGAAGCUGCCAGCUGUGAUAAUAUUAUUUACACUUUGGGAUCUGAGGUGGAAACGACAGAUACGUUUAACCCUUUGCUUGACUGCUUCUUCCGAUAUGAUGCCAAACAAGACCAGUGGACACGUCUCGUCGCAGAGUUCGGACAGUUUUUUCAUGCCACAUUAGUCAAAGCAGUGUCCAUUAAAAAUACUCUGCAUCUCUGUGACUUGUCAACGUAUAAGGUGUUCAGUUUUUGCCCAGAGACGUGUGAGUGGAAUGGGGAGGGAUCUUUUGAGAGUGCCGGGUUCAAUGCCGGGGCUGUGGGUACUCGUGAUCGAAUCUAUGUCUUGGGCGGGGAUUAUUCUCCAGAUGAAAUCACAGAUGAAGUUCAGGUCUAUCACAGUAGUAAGAGCCAAUGGGAGGAAGUGACGGCCAUGCCCAGACCCCUGACUGAGUUCCACUGUCAGAUUAUCCAUUUCAACACAUACAAAGACCCAUGGAGGGAUGAGACAUAG